AUGAAGACGAGCCGCCGCGGCCGAGCGCUCAUGGCCGUGGCCCUGAACCUGCUGGCGCUGCUCUUCGCCACUACCGCCUUCCUCACCACGCACUGGUGCCAGGGUACGCAGCGGGUGCCCAAGCCCGGCUGCGGCCAGGGCGGGCGCGCCAACUGCCCCAACUCAGGCGCCAACGCCACAGCCAACAGCACCGCCGCCCCCGCCGCCGCCGCGGGGAACGGCCCCCCUGGCGGCGCGCUCUACAGCUGGGAGACGGGCGACGACCGCUUCCUCUUCAGGAAUUUCCACACCGGCAUCUGGUACUCGUGCGAGGAGGAGCUCGGCGGGCUCGGUGAAAAAUGUCGCAGCUUCAUUGACCUGGCCCCAGCAUCGGAGAAAGGGGUCCUGUGGCUGUCGGUGGUCUCCGAGGUGCUCUACAUCCUCCUGCUGGUGGUUGGCUUCAGCCUCAUGUGUCUCGAGCUCUUCCACUCCAGCAAUGUCAUUGAUGGGCUCAAGCUCAAUGCCUUCGCGGCCGUCUUCACGGUGCUCUCAGGCCUCCUGGGGAUGGUAGCCCACAUGAUGUACACGCAGGUGUUCCAGGUCACCGUGAGCCUCGGCCCUGAAGACUGGAGGCCCCAUUCCUGGGACUACGGGUGGUCCUUCUGCCUGGCGUGGGGCUCCUUCACCUGCUGCAUGGCAGCCUCUGUCACCACGCUCAACUCCUACACCAAGACAGUCAUUGAGUUCCGGCACAAGCGCAAGGUAUUUGAGCAGGGCUACCGGGAGGAGCCGACCUUCAUAGACCCUGAGGCCAUCAAGUAUUUCCGGGAGAGGAUCGAGAAGGGGGAUGGGAACGAGGAGGAGGACCUUCGCUUAGAUUGCCGCCACGAGAGACACCCAGCCCGACACCAGCCACACAUGGGAGAUUCCUGGCCCCGGAGCUCUGCACAUGAGGCCCCAGAGCUGAACCGCCAGUGCUGGGUCCUGGGGCACUGGGUGUGACCGAGACCCAGCUGGCCCUCAGAGCUCAGGCCAUCGUUAGCACCAGCCCCUGCCACAAGAUCCCUGGUCUGGCACCCACCGAAACCUGGCCUGUGUGCUCUGAACUCGGCCAGCCUGCAUGGGAGACACCAGGCCUGCCCUGCCCACCACUGCCGGCGUCCCAGGGCCCCAGCGAUGGGGCCAGCGUGGCCUGCAGGAAUAUACAAGGUUGCACAGAGCAACUUUGGGACAGCAACUUCUUAAACUCUUGUGACACGCAGAGCCCUGCUGGGUAUAGCUGGGAUGCCAGGAAAGCCGUGGACAUCAGCCGUUGGAAGCCUGGGGUCCCUGAGCCAGCUAGGAAGUUCAG